AUUGGAUUAGGAUGAAGCACACGGAGGAGUCACUGAUGUCGACAACUGAGAAGAGCCGAAAAGCAGAAGAAGAUGAUGAAAAGGAUAUGAAGAAGAGAACUCAAUUCCCAUCAUCAUCAACAUCAUCAGAUCCACCCGUAGGAAUAGGAGGAAGUGGAGCACUUGUGGUAAAUCGACGAAGACAAGAAGGCAACCCGGUGCUCAAGUACGUACGAAACGUGCGUUACGAGUGGGGAGACAUCGGACCUGAUUUCGAAUGUGGACCUACGUUCGGUGUCGUCUAUCUCAGUUUUAAGUACCACAAACAACAUCCGGAAUAUGUCUAUACAAGAAUCAAUGGAAAUGCUGAGAAUCGGUAUAGAAACAAGGUGCUACUUGGAUAUUGCAACAUGGAAGAGCCGAGACAUGUUCUUCGUGAGCUGAAUAUGAUUUGUUUCCGUGAAGCAUGGACCUUUGUAGUUGUUUACACGGUUGAGGAGGCUGCCGAGUACAUUGAGCUCUUCAAGACAACACAGAAGAAGGAAAUCACGAUCAAAAAAAAGGCGAUUGACGAUGGAGGGGACAGUUCGAUGAGUGAUGAACGCCGACGAAAUCGAGAAGCUGCCAUUGGAUUUCUGACCGCGGCUAGAAGUAUCACAAAAACAGAUGCGGAUCGUCUUCUAUUCCAUUUCGGCACUCUUCAAGCAAUUUCAACAGCUUCCGAAACAUCAAUUUCUGCAUGUCCUGGUGUCGGACCAAUCAAAGCUAAAAAUUUACACUCUUUUCUUCAUGCAAUUAUUUCACCUAACGAGCAGGAUUAAUCGAUAUUCUUUCAAAGUUUGAAUGUGACGAGUUGUAUAUUUACUUGAAUUUCGUAAUUGUCAUCAUCUUCCCUGUGAAUCAAACUCACCUGGUAAAUAAAAAUCAAAGAUCCCAUC